AUGCUAGGGCAGCUAAUGUAUCGCGACACCUUCAUCCACCUCGAGGAAGACGCGCCCGAGGGGAGCCACAACUGCAGAUUGCGAGCUCUGAGUGCUCCAAUUCGCAGCCUCCAUUGCCAAGCAUCCGAAGCUUUGGAGCAUGAUUGGCAGAAGAAGAACGCCGCACUCCAGAUGUAUGUGGCCGGAUUGCUUGCUCAACCAACCUUUGACAAGAAGUCCCAAGCAUCCGAGUCUGAGGAGGACGUGGCCUCUGAAAGCUCGGACGAAGAAAAGCCCGACCAGAAAGAGGAUGACGCCGUUGGGGUGCGACUGAACCGAGGAAGUUUGGGCCACCCUGGGCUUUGUCGACGCCCCUGCGUCCACUUCGCGAAGGCUGGAUCGUGUCUACAAGGCACGGCCUGUACAUUCUGCCACCUUUCGCACACUCGUGAACGCAAGCUUGACAAGUGGCACCGUGGUUUCCUGCGCCAACUUGACAAGGCCGAUUAUCUCCGCCUGCUGCAACAGGUGAUCUGGAAGAAGUCUGAAUCACUUGGUUUUCCACGCAAGCAGGAGCUCAUUGACGUCCUCGAGCAUGAGAUUAAGGUCGUUGAGAUGGACCAGGCGUCUCGCGUCCGACGCGCGACACGGGCAGAACGCUCGACUGUCGUAAGGCGGUUAUCUUGCAUGUCGCUCGGAGCUUUGGUCUCGAUCGCGGCACGCGAGUGCCAGCCAGCAACCCAAGACGCCUUGUGGCAGAUUGUGGAUGAGGUUCGACAUCGUACGCAAAUUGUUCAGAGCACGGCCUGA